GUUUGUCUUUAGUUCAUAGUAUGACUAUAUUAACUAUUAGUAACUACUAUUAGGUUAGGGUUACCCCACUCCCGGAAUAGUAUGGGAAUUCAACGUGUAAAAGUAGAAUUGAUCCCCCGGCACGACUAGGACAAACUAAAUUGAAUUAACACUGAUUCCACUGGACCGGACUUUUGAACCGAAGUGCACGUGACACAUAGUUAAGCAGUAAAUAAUUUUUAAAGUAUGGGGUACACACACUCUCUCCUUUAGUUGGACAAAUAAAUUUAUGAGGAAGGAGGAGGAGGGGGGUAACACCAUUUAUCAAAUCUUAAUUUUAACGUAUAUAUAACCAAUUAAAUAUUCCCCCAGUUUAUUUUUCAAUUUUUAAAACUUUUCCUCUUUUUCCAAUUUCUUUGAUUUAUCUUAUUCCAAUUAAUUGAAUCAAUUGACUUGAAAUCAAUUAUAUACAUAAAUAACUCAUUAAUUACAUAUAUUCAAUCAUGGUUAAGGUUGCUGUUUUAGGUGCUGCUGGUGGUAUUGGUCAACCAUUAUCAUUAUUAUUAAAAUUAAAUGCCAACAUUAAAGAAUUAUCUUUAUUUGAUGUUGUCAAUGUUCCAGGGGUUGGAGCUGAUUUAUCUCAUAUAAAUUCAGAUGCCACUACUGAAACUCAUUUACCAAGUUCAAAAGAAGAUAAGACUGCUCUUUUAACUGCUUUAAAAGGUGCUAAUUUAGUUAUUAUUCCAGCUGGGGUUCCAAGAAAACCAGGUAUGACAAGAGAUGAUUUAUUCAAUAUUAAUGCUUCUAUUAUUAAAUCUUUAGCUGAAGGUAUUGCUCAAUCAUCUCCAGAUGCUUUUGUCUUGGUUAUUUCUAAUCCUGUUAAUUCCACCGUUCCAAUUGUGGCUGAAACUUUAAAGAAACAUGGUGUUUAUAAUCCAUCUAAAUUAUUCGGUGUCACCACUUUAGAUAUUGUUAGAGCCAAUACUUUUAUUGCUCAAUUAUAUCCAACUGAUUCCAAACCAACUGAUUUCAAUGUUAAUGUUAUUGGAGGACAUUCUGGUGAAACCAUUGUUCCAUUAUAUUCCGUUGGAUCAACCGGUAAAUUAUAUGAAAAAUUAUCCGAAGAACAAAAGAAAACUUUAAUUAAUCGUGUUCAAUUUGGUGGUGAUGAAGUUGUUCAAGCUAAAAAUGGGGCUGGUUCUGCAACUUUAUCCAUGGCUUAUGCUGGUUAUAGAUUAGCUGAAUCUAUUUUAAAAUCAUUAACUUCAUCUGAAGAAGUUGUCGAAUGUACCUUUUUAAAUUUAGUUCCUGAAAUCAAAGGAGCUGAAGAAGCUAAGAAAUUAGUGGGUGGAUUAGAUUAUUUCUCUUUACCUGUUAAAUUGGGUAAAAAUGGUAUUGAAGAAGUUAAAUAUGAAAUUUUAACUAAAAUCUCUGAUGAUGAAAAGAAAUUAUUAGAAGUUGCUAAAGAACAAUUAGCUAAGAAUAUUGAAAAGGGAGUUUCAUUUGCCACUCAAUAAGUAGAUUUAUAGUUUAUUUAUGUUUUUGUUUAUUUAGUUUAUUGUAAACUCUUUUGAAUUUAAAAGAUGUUUGAUAUUUGUAAAUUUGGCAAUAAAAGUAUCAAAGAAAUCUUC